CAGCCUACGCCAUCUACCAUAUUCAUUACAACUCUUGUAUCAUAUGGAGGAAACUCAUAACACCGCAACCGCUGCCACCCCUACCAUCUCCGGCGACCUCAUGAGCAGUCAUUUUCAAUUCUCCGAUCAGAAUUCAUUGCCUAAACCAGACGUCCAAAUCCUCACUUCCAAUGGCCUCCGCAUCCCGGCUCACACUGGCAUUCUCGCAUCGGUGUCACCGGUACUGGAAAAUAUCAUAGACAGGCCACAUAAACACCAUAGCUCCGAGAAGAUCAUCCCAAUCCUCGGUGUUCCAUGCGACGCCGUUUCCCUAUUCAUUCAAUUCCUCUACUCCUCAAGGUGCAGCGAGGAGGAGUUGGAGAAGUAUGGAAUCCAUCUACUGGCGUUGUCACACGUGUACUUGGUUCCACAGUUGAAGCACAUGUGUUCAAAGGCUGUUGGUCAACGUUUGACCGUUGAGAAUGUGGUGGAUGUACUCCAAUUGGCUAGGCUCUGCGAUUCACCGGAUCUUUAUGUCAAGUGCAUGAAGAUGUUGUCUGAUAAUUUCAAGGCCGUAGAAAAGACAGAAGGGUGGAAGUUCAUGCAGGAGAACGACCCUUUUCUUGAGCUCGAGAUUCUCAGAUUCAUUGACGAAGCUGAAUCGAGGAAGAAGAGAACAAGGAGGCAGAGAGAGGAGCAGAGAUUGUUCAUGGAGUUAAGUGAAGCAAUGGAGUGCUUAGAGCACAUUUGCACAGAAGGGUGCACAACCGUCGGUCCAUGUGACCUGGGACCUAGCAAUAAACGUCGUGGUCCGUGCAACAAGUUCUCCACAUGCGAAGGUCUUCAGCUCUUGAUCAAGCACUUCGCCAUGUGCAAGAAUCGGGUUAAUGGAAAAUGCUCAAGGUGUAAGCGGAUGGGGCAGCUCUUAAGACUACACUCAUCAAUCUGUGACCAAACUGAUUCUUGCAGGGUUCCACUUUGCAGGCAAUUCAAACUGAAAAUGCAACGAGAGAGAAAAGGAGAUGAAACCCUGUGGAGCUUAUUGGUGAAGAAGGUUGCGUCUGCGAGGGUCAUGUCUUCUCUAUCUCUCCCCAAGAGGAAAAGAGAAGAACCGAGGGAGACAAUACAUGAUCAUGGUAUUAGAAACUUCAGAAAGUAGUCGAACAACUGUACAAGACUACUCAUUAUAAUUUUUAAGUUGUUUUUGUAGACAGUGAAGAGCUUGGGUUAGGCUUUUGUAAAAAAAAAAAAAAAAACUUAUGUUUUGAUAGUUUAGUGUUGCUUCUAGUUCUAAACCUAUGUAACCUAGUCUUUGUUUUGUAGUCUGGCUUGUAACCCUACAGCUUCCAUCAUUUCCUUGUUGUAGUUGUGAAAAUUAUAUAAGAAAGAGUAUCCGAUAUUAUACAGACAAAA